AUGGCUUCUUUCUACUCGCGGCCUCGAACGUCUGCAAUUCCAAUCAUAGACCCGUCUGGCCAGCAAGUCUCCGUUCAGGGCUUGAAUCGCACUUCUUCUGCAAAUAUAUCGCAAAAUCAGUCAAGAGCACAGACAAAUGGUGUUCAACCUGCUGUAUCUAGUAGCUCACCAGGCCAACAUCCUUCGAUUCAGGCUUAUUCAGCUAGUUAUGGAGCCCCAGGAAUAAGUUCAAGAGUUCAAAACAGCCGCCUUGGGUUCCAGGGAUAUCAACUGGGUUAUCAUCUUGAGCGAAGGAGGGAGACAUUCACGGAAGAACCCCACCAAUUGUCCCAUAACCCACACUUCCCUGCAUCGCCAAGUCAUAGACCCAUGUACGAUGGCACCAACCAACCAGGCGGUCGUUCGAUACCCUGGAAACCAGAUGUAUAUGCCAGUAGUUACGUUCCAUCGCAUCUUCUCGCCAUUAAUCGAUCACCAGCGGUGGACAGGUAUAGCACUCUCCUGAAGACCAUCGAUUUCUCGAGCUACGUUACUAAGUUUUCAGGGUCGUCCUUUCUGGAGCCCUUGCCUGUUGAAAAUUUACCCGCACUAAAGGAUGUUCCGGUCUCGAUAUCCCGUCACACCAAGAAUUUGACGCCAGCCUCCUAUCUUUAUUACUUCGAUGAAUGCCUUCUCCUGGAAGGGAUGAACUAUUCUCAGGAGCUAGGGAAAUACAACCUCUAUAACGCUUUACUGACUCCAACCGAUGGCAGACAGAAUCUUUAUAGCUUGCAUGUCCCGGGUCUUAAAGAUGGUGCUCCAACAGUUGGGCUAGGAGAUAUCGUACUGGUUCGACAGAUAUUACCAUUUCCGCAGCUCGCCCAGCAAGGAAGCGAAUGGCUGAGCCAUAACAACACGAACCUCACAGGUUCCAUUGCACCAGGAUUUUCGGGCCAUCAACUUCACGCCGUUGUAUGGGGGAUAUCUAUGGCGAAGGAAAUGCUCAUACUCCGAAUCGAUCAUCUUUUGCCAUCAUCUCGCCUCUGCAAUAGCCAAUUUACAGUCCGGCCUGAUCUGUUUGUGCCUCUCUGGAGAGCAGUUGUUGAUGUUACCGAUGGCCGGCCGUGGCAUCAUGAAGAUGUCAAAAACGAGCUUGCGGGGUCACUUGAGAACAAAGAAAAUUGGCUGCGGCACAUGCUAUUCCCAGAACCUAAGGAUGCUGCAUUGCAAACAAAACUUCCAAAGGGGUCAUUCGAACACGAGUGGGUGGAUAGAGAUCUUAAUUACGAACAGAUGAAGGCAGUCGAUUCUAUCAUAACUCGCAAUUUUGGUACUAUUCCCUUCCUGAUAUCCGGAGUGCCUGGGUCCGGUAAAACGAAAACUGUGGUUGAAUGCACUCUACAACUCCUGCGCCAACAAGAUAGAGUACAACAUCAUAUUUUACUCUGUGCGCCAUCCAACCCAGCGGCAGACACGCUCGCAAUACGUCUAGCUCAGCAUUUACAGCCUUGCGACUUAUUCAGAUUAAAUGGGUGGUCACGGACGUUUGCGGAAGUCCCCGACAAGCUGUUGCCAUACACCCAUACAGAGUUCGACCUCUUUUCACUCCCAGAUUUUAAGACGAUGAUGAACUACAAGGUAGUCGUAACGACCUGCCAGGAAGCACACAUGCUUGUUAGGGCUCGGUUGACCAAUCAAGACCUAAUGAAAUUGGGAUACGAGAUGUUUAGUGCUAUUUGCCCAGGGACAAAACCAAGGCCACAGGAAAUGCUUCACUGGACUGCCCUUAUUGUGGACGAGGCGGCGCAAGCUACAGAACCAAUGGUCUGCGUUCCACUAACGGUAGUUGCGACACCGUUAUGUAUCAGGGAGCCCAUUGGCGGGACUAGACCAAGGUCUUCUUUGCCACUAUUCGUCAUGGCAGGGGAUGAGCACCAGUUAGGCCCCCGAGUUUCAAACACCAACACAGCACUAUCAGUGUCUCUAUUCGAGAGACUCCUUUCACGCCCAGUUUUUGCCGACCAUCCUCUUUCCCGCCGAAAUGCUGGACCCUAUAAGAAACUGACACAGGAUAUGCUCCCAAUGCCACGACCGGCCUUUACAAACCUUGCCCGCAAUUACCGCUCUCACACUUCUAUACUCGCCAUGCCAUCCGUCCUAUUUUACAGCGACACACUCAUCCCAUCCGCCACCCCGGCCCACCCAGACGGACCGGUCCCAUCCUGGCCAGGCUGGAAAGCCCCACACCGCUGGCCCAUCCUCUUCGCCUGCAACACCUCUCCCGACGACGUCGAAGAAGUCAUCCGAAACCCCGUAGGCAGCGGCCUAUUUAAUGCUGGCGAGGCCCUCAAAGCUUUACAUUUUGCACAGUCCCUCCUCGCCCACUCCGCCAGCCUAACCUACCACACCAAACCCCAAAAGUCCAGAUCCAAGUCCAACAGCACCCACCAAAAACCACUAGCCCUUUCAACAACCUCUGCCCGCCCAAUCACCGAGCAAGAAAUUGCCGUAAUAACACCCUUCCUCACGCAGGUGACGCAUCUCCGCCGCCUCUUCCGCCAGCACAACCUGCACUCCGUCAAUAUCGGUCCCGUCGAGGCAUUCCAGGGCCUCGAAUCGCGCUUCUUGAUAAUUUGCACAACACGCACGAGGGCUGAGAUGCGUUUUAUCGAGCAGGACCAGUCGUUGGGCUUGGGAUUGGUGGGGGAACGAAGGCGAUUCAACAUGGCCAUGACACGGGCGAAGGAGGGAUUGAUCGUCAUUGGAAAUCCGGAUGUGUUGGUUGGUGUUUCUAAGGAUGAGACGUGGAGGGAAUUUUUGAACUUCUGUGCGCGCAAUAAGUGUUGGGAGAUUGAUGGACGGAGCGAGGAGGCGAGGAAGAGUACGCAGGCGUGGGCCGAUAGGUUGGCUGGGAAUCAUCAACGUGGUGGAGGUGGACAGAAUGGAGUUGAUAUUAAUGGUAAUGGUGAUGGUGGGGCUGGCGGGGAGGGUGGGGAGGAUGAUAUUAGACUCGAGGGGUACGUGAGUCGUUUGGAGCGGGGGUUGAUUUACGCGGAGAAUGCGGAGGGCGACGACGAUGAUGAUGCUGAUGAUGGCGAUGAUGAUGAUGAGGGUGGUUCUGAUUCUGGGCGGGUGGAUGGGGAGGCUUUAGGGAAUGGAGCUAACGGUGGUGUUGGGCCGAGAAGGGGGAAGAAGAAAAGGAAUAGUCGGCUGGGUAAAGAACGUAGUGCGCAUGAUGACUAUGAUGCGGCUAUGUGGACAGCUGGGAUUGCGGCGGAGGAGGUGUUGAGGGGUUCACUGGAUGAUUGA